AGUUAGAGUCAUUUGCAUAGGGUUGCGACUCAACAUUACCAGUCAUGUCGAAGGUCGUGAUUUUGUGUCUCUGCAUCUGCUUUUUGGCGACUGUCAUAUGCCAAGUGCCCCGUCCAUGUCAGACUCCUCCUGCUUGGGAAGGCAAUGCUUCAUCGUACGAUCAUGGUAAAGGAAUACACAACUUUUGGCGCAUCAGCUACGAUCAAGCAAACAGACGAAAGAGAAUCGUCGACGAAAUUCGAGUUGGAACACCAGAAAGAACAUAUCACGAUCUUAUUAUGCUCUACAAUACUGAUCCUCCAGUCUUCUAUGACAUCAACUUGAUUACUCGAGAAUGCAGGAAAUUUUCUCCAUUUUUUCCUUGGCUACCAUAUGAGAUUCCAGAGAACGCCCACUUUAUAGGAGAGUUUACACUCGGAGGCAAGCUUCUUGUAACAGAAUGGUCUGAUGCAGUACCAGGCAUUCGACCUGAGACAUGGCUUGGCCAGUUUACUGUGGACGGUUGUAUUCCUGUGCACGAGGUUAUCGCCAAUGGUAACAUAAGCCAAUCGGUUACGACUACCUUCUACGAUAUCAUUGGAGGCAUUGCAAACUACAACGUUUUCAUUCCACCAAGCGAAUGCGAAGAAGCAGAGAUGGAAGUUUGACUCGUCUAGACCCGUUAGAGCUGUUUUCUCUUUUUCAAACUUUGCGUAUCAUUGGCCUAGAUUUUGUAUUCGCUUGUUUUCUUUGUGCUGCAUUGUCUAGUUCUUGUCAUGAUCAACGUGAACUUGUCAGUUUGACGUCUAUGUAAGCAAGCUGCAGUGGCAGUUGAUUUUGGAUGCAAGAAUAUAUGCGAAUCAUGUGUUUA